AUGCGAUGUCAUAACUCUGAAUUAACAUGUUAUAUAUCUGAAUUAACAUGUCAUAACUCUGAAUUAACAUGUUAUAUAUCUGAAUUAACAUGUCAUAACUCUGAAUUAACAGGUCAUAACUCUGAAUUAACAUGUUAUAUAUCUGAAUUAACAGGUCAUAACUCUGAAUUAACAGGUCAUAACUCUGAAUUAACAUGUUAUAUAUCUGAAUUAACAUGUCAUAACUCUGAAUUAACAGGUCAUAACUCUGAAUUAACAUGUUAUAUAUCUGAAUUAACAGGUCAUAACUCUGAAUUAACAUGUUAUAUAUCUGAAUUAACAGGUCAUAACUCUGAAUUAACAGGUCAUAACUCUGAAUUAACAUGUUAUAUAUCUGAAUUAACAGGUCAUAACUCUGAAUUAACAGGUCAUUACCCUGAAAUAACAUGUUAUAACCCUGAAUUAACAUGUUAUAUAUCUGAAUUAACAUGUUAUAUAUCUGAAUUAACAGGUCAUAACUCUGAAUUAACAGGUCAUUACCCUGAAAUAACAUGUUAUAACCCUGAAUUAACAUGUUAUAUAUCUGAAUUAACAUGUUAUAUAUCUGAAUUAACAGGUCAUUACCCUGAAAUAACAUGUUAUAUAUCUGAAUUAACAGGUCAUUACCCUGAAUUAACAUGUUAUAUAUCUGAAUUAACAGGUCAUAACUCUGAAUUAACAGGUCAUUACCCUGAAAUAACAUGUUAUAACCCUGAAUUAACAUGUUAUAUAUCUGAAUUAACAUGUUAUAUAUCUGAAUUAACAGGUCAUUACCCUGAAAUAACAUGUUAUAUAUCUGAAUUAACAGGUCAUUACCCUGAAUUAACAUGUUAUAUAUCUGAAUUAACAUGUUAUAACCCUGAAUUAACAGGUCAUUACCCUGAAUUAACAUGUUAUAACCCUGAAUUAACAGGUCAUUUACCCUGA